AGGGUCUGUAGGUAGAUAAUCAACCUAGUUCAGAUGCUGCAUUAAUUUUGGGAGCUGCAAGGCAGAACUUCUGCAUUCAGGUGUUGUGGAACAGCAAAGAUUUGAUUGUUAGCCUGGGCUGAGGUUCCUGAUCAGCCCAGGCUCUGAUUAUGACUUGAGCACCUAGAAGACACAGGGCUGCGUUCCUACAUUUAGUUAAACCCUGGAGACCCUGGCUGGGGCUGAGGGGGGCGAGGUCUUGCUUCUCUUUCUGGAUGUUACAAACUCCUGCUUUAGUGGCUGCAAGUGAGCACAUGCCCGACAGUCACUAAUGACUCAAACUGUAUGCUCAGGUUGUGGGGGGGGGCGCACUGGCUCGGCGGUGGGAGGUAGGAGGAAGGCGGCUUGAAGGAGAGAGUCCCUGCAUUCACCAAACUGCAGGGCCCAGGCACCCCAGCCUGAACACCUGACAUCAGUGUGUCCACACACCGGGCCCCAGGGCCCCCCUGUGUCAACAGAAGUCUGAGGUAGGGGAUUCUCUCCACUGAAGGAGGUGUCUUCCCUGUUGUGGCUGGUCUGUGCUCCAGCACCAGUGCCAGAUGUCAGGCAGGGGUGAGGCCCCUCCUACACAAGCUCCUCCUCCGAGCCGCCCAUGGAGGAGCAGGACCUCCCACAGCCCCACCCCCUGCAGGAGGCUGGAGCAGGAUGUUCUUAACUGAGGGUUCCAGAACUGCCAACCGCCUGGCCCAGGUCAGCUGCCUCCACCCAUGGGGAACAGCCACUGCGUUCCCCAGGCCCCAAGGAGGCUUCGGGCCUCCUUCUCCAGAAAGCCCUCACUGAAGGGAAAUAGAGAGGACAGCGCGAGGAAGCUGGCCAGCCUAUUUGGCAAUGAAGCUAGUCCCGACGGGGACGCGACAGCAGACAAGAUCUUCCAUUACAUCCCUGGGACGGAUUUCACAAGCCUGGAGAAUCCACAUGAAAAUCUGGAACAGCCAUUCCUGAGUGUGUUCAAGAAGGGGCGGCGGAGGACAUCUGUGAGGAACCUGGGCAAAGUUGUACACUAUGCCAAGGUUCAGUUGCGGUUCCAACACAGCCAGGACACGAGUGACUGCUACCUGGAACUGUUCCCCUCCCAUCUCUACUUCCAAGCCCAUGGUUCUGAAGGACUCACGCUCCAGGGGCUGCUACCGCUGACAGAGCUGAGCGUCUGCCCACUGGAGGGGUCCCGAGAGCAUGCCUUCCAGAUCACAGGUGUGUGGGUGGUGCCGUCCGCCCCAGCCCGGGCCGCGGGAGGUCUGGGGAAGGGGACUGCCCUCCACUCAGCUCCUCCGCCCCCAGGCCCGCUGCCUGCUCCCCUCCUCGUUCUCUGCCACAGUGAGGGUGAGCUCCACCGCUGGCUCUACCACCUGGAGAAACAGAUGGCCCUUGUGGGUGGCCUGCGCCGCUGCCACUCGGCGCCCCCUCAGGGACCCUUGGGGGAUGAGCUCUCCUGGAGUCUGCAGCGCAGACUGGACCAGCUGCAGAGGGCGUCGGGGCAGGAGUCAGUGUACAGUGCCAUCUGUGCAUCAAGGGUCAAGCUGCAGCACCUUCCCUCCCAGGAGCAGUGGGAUCGGCUCCUGGUCCUAUACCCUGGGUCUCUGGCCAUUUUCUCUGAGGAGCCAGAUGGGCUAAGCUUUAAGGGGGAGCUGCCACUGAGUGCCAUCCACAUCAACCUGGAGGAGAAGGAGAAACAGAUCCGCUCCUUCCUGAUUGAAGGCCGCCUCAUCAACACCAUCCGUGUGGUGUGCGCCAGCUACGGGGACUACAGCCACUGGAUGCUAUGCCUCCGCACAGUCUGCCGCAAGGACGGGGCCCCCCUGCCGCCCGGCCCUCCGAGCACCCCACAGCUUCAGGGGCCCACACAGGACCUGGCCAGCUCCGACUGUGCCAGCAUUGCCCAGCGGAGGACAGAGCUGAGGCGCAGCAGCAGCAGCCGAUCACCCAGAAGCAGAGCCAGAGGAGAAGUGCCUAGCAGGGCCACUCCACGGCCCUUGCGCCUGGACCUGGCCAAAGUCAAAGGGCCAGACCUGGAGAACAGCCCAGAGGCACUAGACCACUCUUUGGACACACCACAUUCCCCCCUGUACGCUGAUCCCUACACACCACCUGCCACCUCCCAUCGCAAGAUCACAGAUGUCCAAGGCCUGGAUGAGAUCUUCAGUGCUGUGCGAACUUCACCUGGACCAGACCCAUCUAGCCUGUUCUCUUCGGUGCCUGUCUCUGACUCUAGCUCCAGACUCUCCAGCACCCCUGGGCUCCUGGGUCCCUAUUUGCUCUCCAGCAAAAGAGCCCCACAGUCUCGCGCCUCUCAGAGGCACCGAGGCUCUGUCAAAGGCCAAGCGACACGUCCCCCUGACUCUCCACAACUUAUGAGUAGCAGCCCCCACCUGGUUACCCCAGCAAGGGAAGAUACACCCAGUCCCCUACAACUUCCUCCAGAUAGAGAGUCCUCGGUCUGGGAGAAGACCUCAUCUCCCUCCCACCAGAAGUGGCCACACCUUAGGAGGCCCGAGGCAGAGGGGGGGCUCAUCCAAUGGAUUUGAUGGGCUCCAGGCAAGCUGCUCCUCAGGAGCACUCAUCAGUGCCAACCCGGAGGGUGUCUGCAGCCAUCCCGCCCUCCGACCCACUUCAGAUCCAGAUUAGUCUGACUCCAUCAGAUCAAGGGCUUCCUCGGGAUCUGAGAGUAGAAGCACCCUUGCCCGGAUUCUGGGCCCCUCUGCCUCACCAGCAGCUACGAAGGCCAGCAGAAGCACCUCAUCGUAGUGAUAUCAUGGCCAGCAUCAACAACAACCCAGGAAGAUACAGAGGAGGCCUGGACACCCGCCAGAGCCCUCCCGAAGCUCUGUCCAUGGGGAAGGGAGGGAGAGAGGUCUGGUGGUGGGCUUUACUUGGAACUGGGGUGAUACCAUGAAUGUGAAGUUAAGAAAGUCAGGUUGCCAGUGUGUUAGUUCAGAGGGCAUGAGGGUGAAAGGUUGAUAGGGGUCAGAGAUUAUUGAAAGCAGAUGUGGGAGAGUGCCCAGCAAUCAGGGUGAGACGGUCAGUCAUUGCUGGCAAUGUGGGGUCAGAGGCACCAACACCGACACUAUAAACAGGAAAAGAGACUUUA